AUGACAUCAAAGUUAGCUUUGGUAAAGGUGAUACCUCCACAGCCAAUUACCGAAAGAAAUUUCACCACUCACCUUUCCUAUGACGAAACUCUAAAUGCAAUUGCUUAUCCAUGUGGUAAAUCUGCCUUUAUAAGAAGUCUAAGUCAAUUCACCUCUAUGGAUGAUGAAGAACCAUUUGUAGUUCAAUUUACUGGUCAUGCUAAUAACAAUGUUACUGUUGUAAAAUUUUCACCUCUUAAAGGAUCUCAUUAUAUGAUCUCUGGUGAUUCAUCAGGAAAAGCCAUUGUUUGGUCAUGGGACUUUAUUGAUAAUGCUAACACACCCAAUCCUGCUACUGGUUAUAGACAAGUAGAAACUAAAGUUAAAUCUGAAUUUCAAGUCUUAUCUGGUCCUAUUACUGACAUAUCCUGGGAUUUUGAAGGCCGUAGACUAUGCGUAGUUGGUGAUGGUAAGGAUCAAUUUGGUGUUUUCAUAUCAUGGGAUUCUGGCAAUUCGUUGGGUGAAGUCACUGGUCAUUCGAUUAAAGUCAAUUCCUGUCACAUGAAACAAUCAAGACCUAUGAGAGCUGCCACUGUCGAUGAUAAUGGGAAAGUUGUCUUUUAUACUGGUCCUCCAUUCAAAUUCACCAGUAGUGAUCAAGCUCAUCAUGACCAAGGGAAAUUUAUCAGAGAUGUUAAAUUUCAACCAGGUGAUGGUAAAGUGUUUAUCUCAGUAGGCUCUGAUAGAAAGAUAAAUGUUUUCGAUGGAUUGACCGGUGAAUUCAUCAAAAUUGUGGAAGAUCCAGAAGAAACAAUUAAUGGUGGGUUAUUUGCUUUAUCCUGGUUAAAUAAAGAUACUUAUGCCACUGUAAGUUCUGACUCUAUUUUAAGAGUAUGGGAUUUAGAAUCAUCAAAAUGUAUUCACAGGUGGAAUUUGAACCCUAAUAACACCAAAGAUGUUGGAUUACAACAAGUAGGUGUCGUAUCAAUACUUAAUGGUGAAGCUCUUGUGACUUUAUCAUUAAAUGGUACUUUAACUAUUAUCAAAUUGGAUCAAGAAGAGCCAUUAGCUGUUAUUAGGGGUCAUAAUAAGGGGAUCUCUGCUUUAGCUGUCAACCCAAUGAUUACUGGUUCUUUUGAUGGUAAAAUUAUUGAUUGGCAACAAUCAAGCACUGUUAUGUACCAAAACCAUAAUAAUUUAAUUAUUGGAAUAAAUAACAAAGAGUAUCCACAAGUGUCUUCUAUAUCAUGGGAUGAUACAUUACAAAUUAAUAAUGAAAUUAAAUAUAAAUUUAAAUCCCAGCCAAAAUUUGCAGCUGUAAACUUUGAUCAGAAUGACAAAGAUCUCUUAUUCGCAGUGAUUAAUAACAACAAUGAGCUAGUUAUUAUCAAAUCAUUUACCGGUGAAAUUGUGAACAUAAUGAAAUUACAUGAGCAAGCUUCUUGUGUUGCUAUCUCUAAGACAUAUGCCGCUGUUGGAUAUGAAAGAUCGAAUGCCAUUGAAAUAUUUGAAUUAAAUAACCUGGAAAAGAGUUUUAACUUAAAAGCUAGUAUGAGGGCCAUGCCAUCAUAUAUAUCUAUAUCACCAAGCGAAAAAUAUGUUGCUGUCGGUGAUGUUUUAGGUAAAAUACUUUUGUUUGAUAUCGAAAGCCGUGAUAUAAAGACAUCAAGAUGGUCAUUCCAUACCGGUAAAAUCAACGCGAUCUCUUGGAGACCACAAAGUGAUGACUCCGCUGAUGGGGCAGAAGAGGAAGAGGAGGAUUUAGUGGCAACUGGGUCAUUAGAUACACAUAUCAUUAUCUAUUCUGUAAAGAGACCUAUGAAAAUUGUCAAAUAUUUAAAUGCUCAUAAGGAUGGUGUUAAUAAUGUCAUGUGGCAAGAUAAUGAUCAUAUUGUAUCCACCGGAAAUGAUGCUUGCAUCAAGACUUGGGAGUUACAACUGUAA